UCUCCAGCCUGUGCAACGGUCGCUCCAGACGGCCGUGCGAUUUCAGGUGGAUGAACAGUGUAUAUGUGAAUUCUGUAUAUAUGUGUGUGUGUGUGUGUGUGUGUGUUGUAGUGUUUGUGUUGUGAUUUGAAUGCAGGCUGCUAGAGCUGACAACAUGGCUCUAAUGGUGUGUUCCCCACCAGUGGAGGAGCUCAAGAACAUUCGAAGUAUGAUCAGACUGACGCGGGGAAAUCUUGAAGCUUUAAAUGCAAAGUUUGCUCAAUAUCAGCACCCACCUUCAAUGUACAUAACCGAAUGAGAAGGAACCCCAGGAGAGAAAGUGGCUAGUAUGACAAAGGUUUCUGUAAAUCUUGCAAACAGAUACAUAAAAAAAGGAGUUUGAAGAUCUAAAUUCCAAACUGAAUGAGUUUCAGCUUCAAGAACAAAGACUUGUAGAUCAGCUUAGCAAUGGAAGUAAUGGAAGAGACUCCCCUGAACACUCAGAUUAUGACUAUGAUGAUAGUCGGAUUUAUUCUGAGAUUCUUUCUUCACGGGCAAUUCUGACUCCAAACAAUAGUCAAGGAAGUUUAUCGAGUGGUAGUACAGGUACUAUGUCAGAUGGAGCCAGAUUAACACCAAAAUCUCCAUUAAAAGUUGUCAGAGCCUUCCUUCCUAAUCAACAAAGAUCAACGGUUCAAGUUCGACCAGGCCAGACAGUUCAGGAAGCUUUGUCUAAAGCUAUGAAGAGAAGACAUUUGACACCCCAUAUGUGUGUAGUAUACAAAUGUAAUCCAAGAGUUCGGCUAGAUUGGGAUACAGAUAUAGCAAUGUUAGAAGGAGAAGAAAUUACUGUUGAAAUAAGAGAACGAUUUCCUAUCACAACUAGUAUAUCUCAUAAUUUUGUUAGGAAAACCUUCUUCACCUUGGCUUUCUGUGAAUGUUGUCGAGGUAUUCUGUUUCAUGGGUUUCGCUGUCAGACUUGUGGAUAUCGAUUUCAUCAGCGAUGUGCUGGUGAUGUACCAACACUAUGUCAACCUCUUCGAGUGGACAAUAUUUAUAAGCAACUAUUAGCUAUGAAUGAAUCUUCUAGCAACAUGAUCCAGUCAACUGCAGGUUCAUUAUCUCCAUAUGCACCUAACUACCAAUACCUGCAACAAACCACAAUAACGUCUUCUCCUAGAAAUGUACCCAGACCUCACCCUCCACCACUAGGCCAGAGAGAACGCUCAACUUCAGCUCCUAAUGUUUGUUACAACACAGUCAAUCAUGAUAUGACAUUGGAGGAAUUUGCACUUAGGCUUCGAUCACAGAAUUCGUCAGGUGUGUCUUCUCCCUUGACCCCUCGGCAUGAGAUUUUCUAUCGCUCGCACACAGAUAAAGGCAGCCCAACGCAUUCGCCAAUGUCCAAGCACUGCCAACUUGAGUUACCGAGUCCAGGAGGCAGUCCUGGCUCACUGGCUCCACCUUAUCAGCAGAGCUCUGCUUCCACUAAUCAUAGUCCAAGUUCCAGUCCAACCAGAACACAAAGUGCACAGGGCUCGCCAACCAAUAUCCACAAACCUUGGAGACCUCGAGCUAGGUCUGCUGAUGAAAGUUCCAAAAAAGUACAGCGGACAACCAGGGAAUCAAUUGAAGACUGGGAGAUCCCUUCCAAUGAAAUUCUUACUGGUCCAAGAAUAGGUUCUGGAUCAUUUGGAACUGUAUACAGGGCUCACUGGCAUGGCCCAGUAGCUUUGAAAAAAUUGAAUGUUACCAAUCCUACUCCUGCCCAGCUUCAAGCCUUUAAAAAUGAAGUUGCUGUGUUAAGGAAAACUCGUCAUGUGAACAUUUUACUAUUUAUGGGUUGUGUGUCUAAGCCUCAUCUUACUAUUGUAACUCAGUGGUGUGAAGGCUCUAGUCUGUAUAAACAUCUUUAUGUCCAAGAAUGCAAGUUUGAAAUGUUUGAACUUAUCAACAUUGCCAGACAAACUGCUCAGGGAAUGGACUAUCUUCAUGCUAAGAAUAUCAUCCAUAGAGACCUGAAGUCAAACAAUAUCUUUCUCCAUGAAGACUGGACUGUCAAGAUAGGAGACUUUGGUCUUGCAACUGUGAAAACCAGGUGGAGUGGAUCAGAACAAUUUAAUCAACCAACUGGGUCAAUAUUGUGGAUGGCUCCUGAAGUAAUCAGAAUGAAAGACCCUCAUCCUUACUCAUUCCAGUCUGAUGUCUAUGCUUUUGGUAUAGUUUUGUACGAGUUGAUUACAGGGCAAUUGCCCUAUGCUCGUAUCAACAACAAAGACCAGAUCCUUUUCAUGGUGGGUCAUGGUUAUUUAAGGCCUGAUUUAAGUAAUGCUAGAUCUGACACACCUAAAGCUCUGAUUAGACUGAUUGAGGAUAGUGUUAAGUUUAAUCGAGAAGAAAGGCCUCUAUUUCGACAGAUUCUUGCAUCACUGGAGUCCUUGGCUCGUUCUCUUCCAAAGAUCCAUCGUAGUACAUCAGAACCAACACUUAAUCGAACUCAUCUCCAAUCAGAAGACUUUACUUAUAACUGUGCCUCUCCUAAGACACCGAGUCAGUUUGGAACUUUUCCUUUUUUUUGAUUUAUGUGAUUAAACUGAUCAAAAAAGAUCAACACUAAGCAAAGAUGGUGCCUCUCAAAGUUAAGAAGUGUUUAAUGGACAUUCUGCUUCUCACUGGAGUGGUCUUAGACAUCGAUCUCUCAGCAGCAUGUCGUAAAGUAUUUAAUUAAUUUAAAGAUGCCAAAUCAGCUGAAAUGUUGUAUUUAUAUUGUUUCUUCCAUUGACAAAUAACUAGGAAGACUUGUAAAAUAUUCAUUGUAAUUUCUGUGUUGGCCUCUAUCUUGGAAAAAAUAAAGUUAGCUGUUCGUAGGCUUU